AUGCUACCACCCAACUCCUACACAGGAGAAUGCAUUCAUAUACCUAUAGCCCUUUGCAUUCAGGCCUACAACCAGUGCAAUCCAGAGAAGAAGAAAGGGCUCAUUGCCAAGUACAAGGCAGAAGGUGGCAUCAAAAAUUUGGCAUGGGUCACCAACUAUGUGGAGAAAGCGAAGGACUUGGAAGUCACCGAGACAAAGAUCACCAGGGGCUACUUCUAUGCAUCUGAGAUCCUCAGGAUGAAUGGCUUUCAGCAGGGCACUCUUGACCAGAAGACCGAGCAGAAGGUGUUGGAAGGUCUGUUGGCAGACUGCUACCAGGAGUUCCAGGUGGAUCCUUCAAACCCACCUCAGGAACUGAAACAGGAAAACAAGAAGGUACCCCACCUCACCAAGUACUGGUAUCAAAAAAGUACCAACACCUCCUCGGAGCAGAACAUCAAAGAGGCAGCCAUGGAAAUGAAGUUGGAUUGCCAGUCCAACAAUUUGAAGUCAGCCUUGGAAGCCUCUUCUGGGAGCAGCAGUGGCAUUGUCAAGGUGGAGAACCCAAAGUUCCUGGAGAUGAAGCAGGAGAUGGCCAUCACCCAGUCCAUGAAAACAAAUAUGGAGAAGGUUUUGGCUGCCACCGAGACUCUUCACAAGGACCUUGUGGCUGAGAACAAAGCAGAAGCCAAGGACUUGCUCAACAAGAUGCUGCCUGUCUUGACAGAAGCAGGACAAUUCUUGGACAAUGUGAGGAAGCUUUUGGCUGAGUGCAAAUCCUUUGACACUUCCACCGAUGUCAAAAAGAUCGAACCUAAGAUUACUGAGCUGAAGGCAGGUGCUUCUGCUGGUGCCCAUCACAUUGAUGGGUUGAAAGCCAUCAGCAAGAGGCUGAAGGCAAUUCAGUAG